AUGACCAUCAAUCAUAUCUUUGUUUGGGCCUCUGCGGCCAAGGCACAAAGCUUGCAGGCCUUCUAUCGUACCAUCCUCAAACCGGUCGGUUACAGUGAGCUGAUCCGGGUCAAUGACGGCAACUUGGUCGGUUAUGGUAGUGACUACCCAUAUCUCUGGUUGAAAACACUGCCUGCCGAGAAGUCUCCCUUGGCUACUCACAUAGCAUUUGAUGCACCGAGUGAGUUUCUCUCCAAGAACUUUAUCCAGCGGAACACUAAUAUUUUGGGAAAGGCAAUGAAGCUGUUGAUGAGUUUUAUCGAUUGGCAUUGUGAGUAUUAA